UAUUUAUUGAAUUUUGACCAUUUUUAUCAGUCCAGUUAUUAUUUUAACCUCUUGAUGUGCACGGGGUGUGGUGUGUUGUCAGACCAACCCACCCUGAAGAAGUGAUGGCGGUGUGGAACAGCGGUGAAGAGGAGGGUCUGACUGAACUGGAGGGCUCCUCAGACACCAUGACAGCCCUGACCUCCUCCAAACACCACCUCCUCCACCACGGAGCUAUUAACGACUCCAACUACACCACAACCAACAACAUCACCUACUUCCCUUACUACCAACACUCCCUCCCUGUGGCUGCUAGCUUCAUCCUGGCCUACCUGUUCAUCUUCCUGCUGUGCAUGGUGGGUAAUGUACUGGUGUGUCUGAUCGUGCUGGGGAACCGCCGCAUGAGAACCGUCACCAACCUCUUCAUCCUCAACCUGGCGGUCAGCGAUCUGCUGGUGGGCAUCUUCUGCAUCCCCACAACGCUUGUGGACAACCUCAUCACAGGCUGGCCAUUUACCAACACUGUGUGUAAAAUGAGUGGUCUGGUGCAGGGGAUGUCUGUAGCUGCCUCAGUCUUCACCCUGGUGGCCAUCGCAGUCGACAGGUUCCGCUGCAUUGUGUACCCUUUUCAGCCCAAACUCACCCUAAUAGUUGCCAAGGCGACCAUAGCAAUGAUCUGGGUCCUGGCUGUGGUAAUCAUGUGUCCCUCAGCAGCUGCCCUGACCGUGGAGGAGGUGGCCGAUCACUACAUGGUGUAUAACCAGGACUACAACAUGACUUACCCCCUGUACUCCUGCUACGAGAACUUUGCCGACCCGAAGAUGCGGAAGGUCUACACCACAGUGCUGUUCACCCACAUCUACUUGGUGCCCCUGGCUCUCAUCACUGUCAUGUACGGACGCAUCGGGGUGAAGCUCUACACAUCCGUGGUGUCAAGAAGAGAGCCUCAGGAUGCAACACAUCCUCCUCCUCCAGCCAGGCUUGAGGGGGGCAGGCAGCUGAUCUCCCAGAAGAAGAUCAAGGUGAUCAAGAUGCUGAUUGUGGUGGCCCUGCUGUUCAUGCUGUCCUGGCUGCCCCUGUGGACCCUGAUGCUGCUAACGGACUACGCAGGGCUGGACGAGGAGCAGCUGGAGCUCCUGACCGGAUACAUCUUCCCCUUCGCCCACUGGCUGGCCUUCUCCAACUCCUCUGUCAACCCCAUCAUCUAUGGAUACUUCAAUGAGAACUUCAAGAGGGGCUUCCAGGCAGUCUACCAGACCAACUCCUGCUGCCGCCCAGGGAAUAGGAUUGAGGUAGCAGGGAGGGGAAACCGGGAAGGCAGAGCUGGGGGUAAUGGUGGAGAGGGGGGAGGCGGCCAGAGGGAGCCAACAAGUAACCCCAAUCCUCUCCCGUUUGGGGCUAGAAACAAAGUGUAUACCGACGAUAAUGUGACGCACUCUGUGCGCCUUGAGCUGGAGUUGAAGAAGAAUUCUAAGGUGGGAAGCAACACGGUCCAUGUUGAGGUCGGGGGGACUGGGGCGGGUGGAGGAAUAGGGAACGGCAAUGGAAUGAACAAAAAGGGUCUACAUGUUGAAGAGCAGACCAGCCCAAUGGGAGCGUGUCAGGCCUGGGAUCAUUAG